AUGAAGCUUGACUUCUGGAGGGGUCCCUCAUAUGUGGACAGACCCGUCGAUGUUAUGGUUCCGCCGCAACUCAAUCAUACAUUUGAUAAGAUUUUUGAAGACAAACUAUUGGAGAGAAAUGUUAUGAUAGAAGAUCUAGAAAAUGAUUUUAUUGAAGACAAGGCGGACGACCCUGCGUUGAGAGCAAAGCCAUUGCGAGCAGAUAUAGUCGAAAGACAUUUUGAUGACUUCCAGAGACUCCCAAAAAUUCAUUCAUAUUUAGACGCCGUUGUAUCUAAAUAUCCGGCCGUGUCUUCCGUUAUAUCUAUCGGUAACUCAUAUGAGGGCCGACCCCUCAAAGUGAUUCGUAUUGGCGAAGGCAAUGAAAACCAAAACAAACCAAUCAUUUUCAUUGAAUCGGGAAUCCAUGCGCGCGAAUGGAUAUCUCCGGCCACUACUCAAUGUUUUGGUCAAUACCUCGUUCAGGGAUAUAAAGCCCGAAAUGCGGACAUCACUGCUUUGCUCCAGAAAUUUGAUUUCUAUAUUCUUCCAGUUCUUAAUCCUGACGGGUAUUCCACGUAUGAAUACACGCACACCAGGGACAGGAUGUGGAGAAAGACUCGUAAGCCAUACGGCAGCUGUUAUGGUAUACAUUUAGCUAACUCUUUUUUGAUCCUGAUUCAAGUGUUUUGUUCGGAGACAUAUAGAGGUCCGUCCGCUUUCUCAGAACCCGAAACUAAAGCCGUUUCCGAUUAUGUGAUGAGAAUCAGAGACAAAAUAAAGGCAUAUUUAGCCGUUCAUUCAUAUGGACAGUAUUGGAUAUAUCCCUGGGCCCGAUUGGCAAAAGUAGCUUCAAAUGCAUUGGCCUCUGUUUACGGCACUAAAUACACGACCGGCACCUCCACUAAUGUUCUCUAUGCGGCCGCUGGAGGAGCAGAUGACUGGGCGUACGGGACGGGUGGCAUAAAGUAUGCCUAUACUGUGGAACUCAGAGACAAAGGGAGCUAUGGUUUCGCUCUCCCGAAGUCUCAGAUCAGACCGACCUGUGAAGAGACUACCGUUGCCUUCAUUGCAUUCGCUAAGGAAUUGGCGAAAGAAGUCUGA